CCGGCGGCACCGGCUGCCAUGUGAGCCAUGGCGGCGGCGGGCGGCGCGGCGGGGCUGGCGGCGCUGCUGGGCAGCGCCUCCCCGCACCUCUUGAUCGUCUCCGCCGCCGCCGAGGAGCCCGCGGGCGGCGGCCACCCCGAUACCGACCUCCUGCUCUUCGCUACGCCGCAGCCCGCCCGCCCCGGCGCCGCGCCCAGACGGCCCGCGCUGGGCCGCCCGCCGGUGAAGAGGAAGCUGAACUUGGAGACGGAUCACCAGUACAUAGCGGAGAGUUUGCCAGUGAGCCGGGGCAAGGCCAGGAACCCUGCUAAAGGGGCAAAGUCUCCUGGAGAGAAGUCCCGGUAUGAAACCUCCCUGAACCUCACCACCAAGCGCUUCCUGGAGCUGCUGAGCCAGUCCCCAGAUGGUGUGGUGGACCUCAACUGGGCGGCCGAGGUGCUGAAGGUGCAGAAGAGGCGCAUCUACGACAUCACCAACGUCCUGGAGGGCAUACAGCUCAUCACCAAGAAAUCCAAGAACCACAUCCAGUGGCUGGGCAGCCAGGCCACCGUGGGAGCGCCAGGCCGGCACCGGCUGCUGGAGAAGGAGCUGCGGGAGCUGCAGGCGGCCGAGCGGCAGCUGGAUGACCUCAUCCAGAUGUGCACGGUGCAGCUGCGCCUGCUCACCGAGGACCCCGCCAACCAGCACGCAGCCUAUGUGACCUGCCAGGACCUCCGCAGCAUCGUGGACCCCGCGGAGCAAAUGGUGAUGGUGAUCAAAGCCCCCCCAGAGACCCAGCUGCAGGUGUCAGACCCUGCAGAGGCGUUCCAGGUCUCGGUGAGAAGCACUCAGGGCCCCAUUGAUGUGUUCCUGUGCCCCGAGGACAGCUCGGGGGUCUGCAGCCCUGUCAAGAGCCCCUUCAAAGCCCCUCCUGAGGACUCUCCUCCCAGCCACUCACAGCCCAGAGGCCCCCUGCUCCUGCAUCCUGCCCAGGAUGUGAACAUGCCUCUGCUACCUGGAGAGCAAGAAGCGCUGCUGCCAGGGCCGAGCGCGCUGCCCAGCAAGGGCCCCAAGGAGGAGGAGGAGGAGGAGGAGGUGAGCCUGUCCCCCCUGGCCUCCAUGGACAUGCUGCUGGAGCAGAGCAGGGAGGAGCUGGCGGCUUUCCUGCCCGAUGAGUUCAUCAACCUGUCGCCGCCGCAGGCACAGGACUAUCACUUCGGGCUGGAGGAGGGCGAGGGCAUCAGCGAGCUCUUCGACUGCAACUUUGGGGACUUCACCCCCUUGGACUUCUGAGGCUGAGCCCUCCUGGGUGCCUGGGGCAGUGCCAGGGCAGGGCAGCCCCUCUGGCUCCCGUGCUCCCUGUUCCCCACCCAUUUUUGCAAUAUUUUCUCGUUAUCCCUCCAGCCCGGUGGCAUCCCCAGCUCCAGCCCCACGGGGAGGAUGCCAGGGUGGGGUUCCCAUCUUGGGGAGCCCCCCCAUAGGGCCCUGAUCAGGGGCACUGCCCAGGGCAGAGCCACUGCCCCCCAGGAGCCCGUUGCAGAGCUUUAAGCAGUCCUGUGUAUAGAUUAAUGAUUUGAUUAAUUUAUUAUUGUCCCCUGGGGACAGCAUUUCAUUUCCACGGGGGUUUGGGGGGGCUGUACAGCAGAGU